UUGAGUGUUGUGCCUGCUCAUCUCAUGUCUGGUGUAAUUAACCUAUCGUCCAUAGGCUCUGGGUGGGGGAACAUCAUGCAGGACUACGUGAUGAGUGCGUUAUUAGCUCAUGUCACGAAUCGCUCCCAUGUGUUUAAUGACUACGUAUGGGAUAAGGAUCACGGACCGUACAGCGACUUCAACGGAAAAGCCAUUCCUUCACGUAUUCCGCUGACUGCUCUUGCUGGUGGUCCGAUGGUCGGUGGCAACAUGCCUCCCGGAUAUACGUCUCCUCUCGCGGUGUCCAGCGGCUUUUUUCGUAAAGUCUGCCCUAACCCAGCCAUCGUCAAUGUCAAGGACGUCAAUACCCACGACAUGAUUUAUUCAGCCCCGGCAUCGUCAAUACUAGAGACUUGGAUCCAGACGAUCAACUCAAUAGACGACCCAUGUAUAAAGCUUGCUAACAAAAGUCGCUUGCUCACUAUUUGGCCGUAUCUCUCAAAAACGCCGGUAAUGACGCACUGGAGGUGGUCCCCGCUCGUUGUGGACGCGUUUAAGAAGAAUCUCCACUUCUUCGGACCAACUUCUCCGAUCCUUUCAUCCUCGAAUACGCCGAAAUCCAAUAGCCCCGACAUGAUCCCGGGACUUCUUGCCAUCCACGUGCGUCGGGGGGACUUCGCUGACCACUGCCAGCACCUCGCAACGUGGUCAUCCGACUGGAACGCGUUCAACGCGUUUUCCGAGUUCAUAGACAAGUUUAAGGUGCCGACAGACGCUGUGUGGGGCGAGACUACACCGGAGAACAGGGCGAUGUACGAGCGGAGAUGUUUUCCUUCCGUCGAUCAAAUUGUCGAUAAGGUCACCCAUGUCCGAGACGCCGCGGGCGGUUCCCUCAAAUACCUGUACAUCAUGACAAAUGGUGCUACGGAGUGGGUGGACGAGCUGAAGCAAGCCGUUCAGAGAGCGACAGCUGGGAGCCAAGCAUGGGACAGUAUUUCAAGCAGUCGAGAUAUGCGGCUGACCUGGGAGCAGAAGUAUGUGGCGCAAGCCGUGGACAUGUACGCUGCCGAGCGAGCACAGGUGUUCAUUGGGAACGGGUGGUCAAGCAUGACGUCUAACGUUAAUAUUUUACGAAUGGCGAAGAACUUCCCCCCAGAAUCUUGCCGAUUCUGGUAG